UGCUGGUCAUGUGACGUGGAAGGACGAAAAAAGAAAGAAGAUAAGGAGAAAGGAGGAGAAGUAAAUGGUGAAAACAAAGGAUUACAAAAUAACAGGGACGCUGUCAGACUAUAGCAGGAGUCCUAAUCGGCAGAGGGACCACAGCCCUGAUGCUCAGCCUCAGUGUGUACAAACUUUGAGCGGAGGGGACAAAGACACAAAGAGUAUGGAGACAGAAUGAGUUUGGAUGUCCAGGAGUGAUGGAGAGGACAGCACACAUCAUGGACACGUAAAUAAAGAAUCGUCUUGGGUUAAAGAGAAGGUGAGAAGAUGAAGCUGAAUGAACGCAGCGUAGCACACUAUGCCACCUGUGACUCGCCGCCAGACAAGACGGGCUUCCUUUUUAAGAAGGGUGAGCGCAACACAGCUUAUCACCGGCGCUGGUUCAUUCUGAAGGGAAACAUGCUCUUCUACUUUGAGGAGCGCGACAGCCGAGAGCCCAUUGGUGUCAUUGUCCUUGAAGGGUGCACUGUGGAACUGUGCGAGUCGGCUGAGGAGUUCGCCUUUGCCAUCAAGUUUGACUGCCCCAAAGCACGGGUGUAUAAGAUGGCUGCUGACAGCCAAGCAGCCAUGGAGUCUUGGGUGAAAGCGUUGUCUAGGGCCAGCUUCGACUACAUGAGGCUGGUGGUGAAGGAGCUGGAGAGGCAGCUGGAAGAGAUCCAGGAGGCAGGAGGAGGUAACUUUGGUGGGGCUGGAGUUGGAAGUUUGCAGGGUAAGCCUAAGGUGUCCAGACGAAACCAUGUUGCACGGUCCAGGUCCGGAGCAUCCUCUUUGUCUUCAUCUUCAUCCUCUUUAUCAUCGUCAUCGUCAUCAGGUGCCCUUGCUAUGUCGGUAUCUGCUCAAAAGGGCGUCCAGGAUGAGGUACAGCUUCCCUCUGGGUGUUUCAAAGAGAAUGGGGUUACAUGGAGUAAACAACCAGCGGCCUUGACUAACGGUGUAGUUGAGGGAGGGGCUUCCUCUGUGGCCUGGGAUGGCUGUGCAGACCCUGCGACUGGUCAUGGAGGUGAUGGGGCCAGGGCUCCACCAGUGCCACCAAGGCGAACAGGAGCAUCUCUGGAAAGCCCCGUCUGCCCUGGCACCGGCUGCUUCUCCAAACUCCAUGACUGGUACGGAAAAGAGGUGGAGGACUUGCGAACGGAGUGGCUGCAGAGCCAGUAAAUGAAUGGAAAUGAAUAAUUCCCAUAUUUUAUUAACAUCAUUCCUUCUGAGCAUCUUAAAAUGCAACACUCAAAUCACUAAUCAAAAAAAAAUAUGAGAUUGUUUCCAGAUCUUGUCUGGCACAGGGGAAAUAAUCAAUCAGUAUAACACUAUCUAUUUUCAAUCCAAGAAACAUUAAAAUACAAAAUGUGCUCCUUUUUUUUCUACGCCGUUGCUCACGGUCAUUUGCCGAGGUUAGUUAAAGCUGUAGGGUAUAACUUUGGUGAUUUGUGUCUUAUUAUUAUUCCUGUCUCUGUUAGGUCUUCAUGAACAGAAAUGAUGUAGCAUUGUUUGUAUGCCGUGUCCUUCAUCUGAAAAUAGCUCUGUAAAACAGUACUAUCAGUGUUUGUGUGUACAGUGGCAGCACAGUGGUGGGCAGGGACAAGAAGUGUUUAUCCCUUCAAACUGUUUGAAUGACAGUCUGUUUGGUGCACACUUCUUUGUCUUUUCAGUCAUGCUUCAAUCUAUUUGCCGGCUUUAUUGCUUUACCAGCACAACAUUGUUGUUGCUUCUGUCGUCUCGACAUAAAACAAAACAUUUCCUGGGUGCGGUGGGUGAAUGCUGAGAAACACAGAGAGAAUAGGAUAGAGCUAAAAAGCUUGAUCACCAUUGUAUGAACUAAUUUCCUGAUGGUUUUAAUGUAAUGGGCGUUUGUUUAACUUUAAAUUUUAAUACUGCAAUUCUAAGUGUACAAUUAUGAAAAACACCAGGUUUUUUUUACAAAACUAAAUUGUAAUUCUGUUAUGAUCAAGAUUUCUUCUGCCAAUCAAGUUUCCACAUGUACUUGUGAGAUUGUCUCAGAGUCAGUUUUCUUCAAGGCUGUUGAAACGCAAUCUAAAAUAAAGUUUUAGUAAGUUACACCUACAAGCAAUUACACUGAAAACUGUAUGAAAAAUCCCACAGCAAAAAGCUGCUAAGAUCACAGCUCUUUUUCUUGAUAUAAGAGAAAAUUAAGUCCCUAGUGACACCCAGGUUUAAACUGGUGAAGAUGAAAUGGUUCGAUUGCUUUGAGGAACGCGCUUAAAUCAGUACGUAUGAUAAAGUUAAAAGAAACCGCAGUAAAACGUUUGAACAGUCGGUGAUAUUUUUACACACCAAUGGCUUGGGCUGUGUUAGCAUCUAUAUUCUUGAUUUUCAGCUUCCUGUAACUUUUACACACACUUCAAAGUGGAUCUUUUUAACAUGUCAAUUUGUAGAGAAAGGAUGAUUCUCUUGGGAUUAUUGUUUUUGGGGGAAAAAGUGGCCCAGUUUCCCCUCCUUACUCCCACAGGGGCAUAUCUCACCUCAGAGACCUUGUGGUUUUUAAUGUCAGAGCAGCCUCUCCACAGUCACUGGGGACUGUAGUGGGGGCUGGAUGCCUCGCUCAGAGCAACACAUCCCGGUAUUUUUAGCCCUUGUUUGCCAGCAGCAAGAUGAGGCUGUGUCAUAAGAGUGCUUGUCACUUAAUUCUCUUUUGACACUUGUAUUUCUUAAAACUCUGAUUGUUACUCCUUGAAUGUGUGCGCCUUAGCACUUGUCUUUAUAAGUGUCUGUUAGUUUCAUGAUAUACGUGCAAAUCAUUGUUUGUUUUUUUCUUGUGAGAAUGUUUUAAUCCGUAUGGUACUGAAUGAGUGUAAAAAAAAAAUGGAGACAUACUGUAUUCUCUUACUGUGCGACCAUCUAACCUUGUGGUUUGUUUAUAUUCCAUGUUGGAAAUUAACAGUAAUAUGCAAAAAUGAACCUUUUUAAAAUGUUGCUCAUAUGACAUUCCAUAUUUAAUCACAUAGCCAUUUCACUUUUUUGUUUUAUAUGUGCCUUCUGUUGUCUUUAUACUCCUGUAAUUGCACUUUUACCCGACUGCAGCGAUAGGGGGCUCGACUUUUCCCUCUUUUUGAUGCUGCUUCCAUUAUUCAUCCUUUCUUGCCAAAGGCUCAUCACAGUGCAAUCACAUUUUGACAAUGGCUCAGUUCCUUCAGUGUGCAUCAAUGCACACCACUGUCAUUUGCUUGUAGAGAGAUGACAGUGUGGGAAAAGAAGGUACUGUUGUUUGUAAUUUUAUUUAAACUGGCAUGAGGAUCCUUUCUGACAAAAAUCAUGCUUGAGUUACUGCCAAUUUUUAUGCUCUCCAGAAAUGGUAUCACUGUAGUUACAGUCAGCAUCAGUCUGCUCCCACCAUAAUACUGAAAGUAAUUUGUGAAUGUGUCAAAUCGAUCUCCUGAAUGAAUCCUGAAUAAUUUCAAUCGUUUCGUUUUGUGCCAAAUGAGGUGAGAAACAUUAACAAUCACUGCAAUCAUCGUUUGUUGGUUCCACUAACUUUUAUGAUUCCUGUCACAUUUGUCAGCAUUAAAGUGAACACUAUGAAUAAUAAUAUAUGGGAUAAUCAAUAAUAAUCUGUUGUCUCUUACAUGUUAUCCUGAAAAUAUUUUUGUUAAUGAAACAUUUGCUGUAAAACAGUCAAUAAACUUUAUUAUCAUAUUA